AUUCUAGCCAAUCAAAGCACUUGCAAGGGGUGGAACCAGCGAGAGUGAACGGCGCGUGGAGUGGCGGGCAUGGCGGAGAGAGCACCUGGAGCAGAGAUGGAAUGCAGUAUAGACUACACGAUAGAAGAAGUGUUGAAACUAAUGGAAUGUGACGAGGACUCCGAAGCGGACAGCUUUCUCACAGAUGAGGAGGAAUUUUACGAGACUGGGGAAGAUCCAUCCGAGGACUGGGAUGAUGAUGAUGAGUCAAGCACAUUUUCCAUACCAACACCGGAGCGCAAAAAAUGUAGAAUGAGCAGUCAGAGCCCUGCAAAAUCACAAUCUAUGCGCCGCACGAGACCUUCACAGCACUGGAAAACAGAAAACGAUCCAGAUAUGGCACCCGCUCUCCCCAGAUUUGCCCCUGCCAGGCUCCCGGGAGCGCAUCUGGAUACAUCAAAAACCUACAGUCCACUUGAUUUGUUCCAGCUUUUUUUUAACGAGAAUGUCAUCCAAGAGUUAUGCAGCAACACCAACAAGCAAGCUGCAAAGAGGAUAGAACAAGGAAUUCAGUUCAAAUGGACUGAUGUCACCCCCACAGAGUUCCUCAAAUAUCUUGCACUUGUUAUUUUCAUGGGCCUCCUAAAGCUAGGAUCAAUGAAAGACUACUGGAGACAAAACAACAUUUUCUCAGUGCCAUUUCCUUGUAGAGUGAUGUCAAGGGACAGGUGGCUCUUUAUUUCUUCAAAUUUACACAUGAGUGAUCCAGCCGAGGACGUUGUGAAUGACAGCAAAAAGGGUACAUCAGACUAUGACCCGCUGUUCUGUCUCAAGCCUCUGAUGACCGAAAUCAAGGCAGCAUGCAAAUCCUUCUACCAGCCAAAGAAAAAUCUGGUAAUUGAUGAGAGGAUGGUGGCAACAAAGGCAAAAAUGGGGAUGAGACCGUACAUAAAGCACAAGUCAACUAAGUGGGGGUUCAAACUGUUUGUCCUGGCUGACUCUUCAAAUGGAUACACGUCGAACUUUACCGUGUACACAGGGAAGGCAAACUUCUCCACGGGCUCUGAACUUACCUAUGAUGCAGUUGUGGGCCUCCUGGACAAACCUUUUUUGGGAAGUGGCUAUCACGUCUACUGUGACAACUUUUAUACAAGCCCUCAGCUAUUCACACACCUGUCUUCUCUGAAAUUUGGAGCCUGUGGUACGUAUAGAGAGGGGAGGAAGGGAACUCCUAAAUCCACAGUAAAUGCCCUUUCCAAAAAGUCCAAAAGAGGGUCGAUCAGAUGGAUCCGAGAUGGUGACCUGCUCUUCGUCAAGUGGAUGGACACAAGAGAGGUGGCCGUCUGCUCGACAAUCCAUCAAGCCUUCACAUCUGACACAGUCACAAGAAGACGAAAGACAAGAGGUGGAACCUGGGAGAAAGUGAGAAUUCCUAUUCCCACUCCAAUUGUGGAAUAUAACAAGCACAUGGGAGGUGUGGACUGGUCUGAUCAGCUCAUCCAAUACACCGCUGCUCACCACAAAAUGAUGAGGUGGUAUAAGAAUUUGCUCUUACACUUUGUGGACAUAGCGGCAUGCAACAGCUUCAUCCUCCAUAAAGAGAUGUGUGCAGUGCAAAACACUACGCCGCUGACACACAGAGUCUUUAUGGAGGAGCUUUGUGCUCAACUUGCCGGGGUGACAGCUGGGGUGACUACAGCGCCUGCAGACAGGGCAACUCGGCACACACCUGUGCCCAUUGCCCCUUUGGACCCAUCAAAACCUGGACACAGGCCUGCAGGUGUCAGAAAGUACUGUGAGCAGUGCAAGGCAAGCAAAGUCUACAACAAAACCCCCUGGAUGUGUGGAGCAUGCAAGGCGCCCCUCUGCAACUUCCUGGAGAGGCCUUGCUUUGAUCAGUGGCAUGUCUGAAAAAAGAGAAGGGGAAAAAAAAACCUCAUUGGACUGUUUGUCAUUUUAUUGUUCUUCACACAUUUGAUUGGAAAAACUGCAAAUGUAUGUCAGACAAACGUUUUGUUCAAAAAUUGUUCAGUAUGCUUUGAGAAUAAAGACAUUCAUUUUUAUG